UCACCUCGGGUUAAGGUUCUCUAACCCUUGCCAUUAGAACACCCUUGAAUUCGCUGCUUUUAGCACUAACAAACUAGGCUAAGGAGGGUGACCUUUUUCCAGAGGUUCAGUGACCUUUCCUCAGGUUUCAGUGCACGCUCGGGGAAACAAGCUAGGGCUGCUUUCUUUGCUCUUUCCAGAGGCUCAUCAGACGUCGCCUGAGGGUUGUGAACAUUCCCGCAGCUCGGGCCCCGCUGAGCCUGCUGCCCUGCUGCCCAGCCGCACAGAGGCUUUUCUCCGCUGAGAUACCAUUUGACCUGGUCUGGUGGGGAAGUUUUGGUCUCGUGCCCUUCCCACUGACAAGUGCAGAUCAUCUUGUGUACUGGAUAACCCUUCUUUUAUGAUUCUGUGAUUUUCUGAGGAAGGUUUCUUAGCUCUGCUGUAGGAGGCGGGUACAAUUCCAAUCAAGCAGACGCGUUUCAGAUGUGCUGUUUCCUUCCUCAAGGGCUUUUCUGGCAGGGGUAGGAACAGAACAUGGUUGUCCUGACCCAAUCGAUUGUGUUUUCCCUUUUCUGCCUUUUCCUCUCAGGAAGAUCAGGUGAUGAAGAGACACACACCUUUUCAACAGAGACGGUUAGCAGAUGGGCUGUCAGUGUCCUUCUACUGCAUUUGCCUUGUCACCACAGACUCAACCAAGAACCGUUUGUUCUUCUUCACGAGCUGCACUCAGAAGGGCCUGCUGACCACGGAAGAGAGGUGGCCGUGCCACGCCAGACAGAUGUGCCUCCUGAAAGACCCCUGCUGUGCUCUCCACCGUGGCAGAGCCAGGAGGAGCCACGGCCAGCAAGCAGAAGGAGGAGAGACGUGGCUGGAGGCGAUGGACAUCCAGCUUCCCAGCUGGGUUCCGGGGUUGACGCGCAGGGAGAUGGCAUGGGUACGUCAUGUACAUCACCACUCCCUUCUCCUGAGACCCCACCUGGAGCACUGCAUCCAGCUCCGGGGUCCCCAGCGCAAGAAAGACAUGGACCUGUUAGAGCAGGUCCAGCGGAGGAUCCCAGGGCUGGAACAGCUCUCCUGUGCAGAAACGCUGAGAGAGUUGCGGGUGUUCAGCCUAGAGAGGAGAAGGCUCCAGGGAGACCUUACUGCGGCCUUUCGGUAUGUAAAGGGGGCUCACGAGAAAGGCACGGCGAGACUUUUUACCAGGGUCUGUAGUGACAGGAGAAGGGGCGAGGGUUUUAAACGGAAAGAGGGCAGGUUUAAAUUGGACAUGAGGAAUAAACGUUUUACGCUGAGGGUGGUGACACAGUGGCACGUGUUGCCUAGAGAAGCGGUGGAUUGGGAGUGUUCAAACAAACGCAAGACAAUAUCUUUAUGUUCCUCUGCGGACAUGGACUGCUGUCAGGACACGCUCUGCGGGACAGCCAGCAGCUCUGGGCUCGUGACAGUAGUGCAGCUGCGAAAGGUGCAGGUUGUGUUACGACUGCUGGUUGGCAGAGGAGUGUGCAGAGGAGAAACCCCGGCACUGCUGCGGCAGAGCCUCUCCAAGCACUUGCUGUCCAUGUGCACCACGUUCGCGAUGAAGCAGCAGGACCCCGACUCGAGGGAGCAAGCAUGCAUGCUGUGUCGCCGGGCAGAGGCUGACCCGGAUAUCUGUGGGUGCAAAAGCGCAAAGAAGGGGCUCUGUGCCCACACCUAUUGCCUGUUCCUUGCCAGCGGGCUUUUUCCACAAGAGAGCAGGAACGGGUUUCUCACUGAGGACACCAGACGCGCAAUCCAGGAGGCAGCCCAGAAGCGCUGCUUCGUUUGCGGCGAGACGGGCGCCGCCAUCACCUGCCAGCAGAAGGGGUGCGACCGCAGCUUCCAUCUCCCUUGCGCCUCAGAGGGUGAAUGUGUCACCCAGUUCUUCGGGCUGUACAGGUCCUUCUGCUGGGAGCACCGCCCAGAGCAGGCAGUGCAGGCCGCUCCAGAGCACAACACCACCUGCAUCAUCUGCCUGGGCCUCGUGGAGGACAAAAAGUCCUACCACACCAUGGUGUGCCCAGCAUGCCAACACGCCUGGUUCCACCGGACCUGCAUCCAGAAGCAGGCUAUCCAUGCCGGCGUCUGCUUCCGCUGCUUGCGUUGCCAAAGCAAAGAUGAGUUCGUGAUGGAAAUGCUCACCAUGGGGAUUCGAAUCUCCAAGAGACAACCGUCACGGGAGAGCGACCAGGCAUUUGGACUGGUGUAUCAGAGGCACAUCCGCUGCAAUGCCAGCAAGUGCCUUUGUCUGGGAGGCAGGGAGCAGGCAGAGGAAGAGGGGUCCUGGCAGAUGCUCCUGUGUAGCUCCUGCGCAGCCAAAGGCAUCCACAGGCGCUGCUCCUACCUGAGGAACAGCGCAACCACCUGGCAGUGUGACUGCUGUGCUGGCCUGGGCCCUGGCGCCAGUGACAAGUCAGAGCUUGCCAGCAUCAGAACCGCCAGCCAGGCGGCAUCGGGGCUGUCCCAUGGCUCCCUGGUGCCUGAGAGCAGCAGGCCCAGCACCAUCACCUACACACCACCGGGGCCAUCCCGCAGCUCCCCAGGGCCUGAAAGCAGCAGCCGCUCCAGCCACCUUGGGCCAGACCGCAUCCGGCACCGCUCGCAGUUACAACGUCGGGCGCAAAAGCCAUACAGCCGGCCUGGCAAACCCCGUGGGACCAGCCAUGUGCCAGCUCCAAGCGUCGAGCCGAGCAGCCCCAGCACUGCCUGGCAGAUGGCGCUGGGGCUGUUCCUCGGUUUGCUGGCGCUCCAGAGGAGCAGCUCCACCUCUGCCAGCCAGGCAGCGUCGGGGCUGUCCCGUGGCGCUCUGGUGCUCGAGAGCAGCAGCCGCUCCAGCCACCCUGGGCCAGACCGCAUCCGACACCGCUCGCGGUUACAACAUCGGGCGCAAAAACCAUACAGCCGGCCUGGAAGAUGCUGCUGA